AAAAGCAAAUAAAAACUAUUUAAAGACUUUCGACUGAGUAUGUGGUUGUAGAAAAAAAAGUACAAAGUAAAAAAAUAUAAGAGCUAAUAUACAAACAUGACUCUGAAUGUGUUGUUACAGGAGUUGUUGCAGCCUCUGACACAGUAUGACCUCGUCAAGGAGCUACAGUCUUACAGCGACGUGUGUGAGGCAUUGUCCACAGUUGAGCUAGCUGUCGGUUUCCUUGCUAUGACAGGGGGAGAGCCAAACAUGCAGCUAGGCGUUUAUUUGAAGGAUGUGCUGCAGAUGACUGACCACAUGGCUACGCAUGUCUUCAAGGCAUUGAGUCGGUGCAGCCUGAAGCACUGUGUGGCCCUUUGGCAGCUACUCAGUUCUCUGAAAUCUGAGACAAUGCUACGUCUGAAGAGGGAUCCAUUCGUUGGAAUCAGUAAAGAAUACAAGCAGCCAUUGCAGGAGGAACACAAGAGACUGCUCACAAGUUUCUUCACCAAGUCCAGCGCUGAUGCCUUCCUGUUGGAGAUGCAUGAGUUUCUGCUUUUGGUCCUGAAAAGCCCAAAAGCCACAGACACCUACAGGCCUGACUGGAGGCUAAAACACACUGUUGUGUCCUACAUGGAGCGUAAAGAUCUGGAUGUUCCUCCUGAGGUGGAAGAGUUCUUCCCUAAAGAGAUCCUGCUUUCGGAGUACACCAGUACAUGGAACUUUUCCGUUAACCUCAGGCAAAAAAGAAGCCAAAGCUAGUUCUGGAUGAAGCACUUGUGUUGUCUUAGCCAUUGACUUAUAUCAGGGAAAAAGAAAAAAAAAAGCUAACAAAUGACAAAUUGCCUAGUACAGACUGUUGCAGUCAGUGAUAUCUGUGCACCUACUGUAAGGUUAAGUUUGCAAUACAUACAUUUUGCUCCCCUGUAAUAUGAAGGUACAAUCUGUUAAAAUUAUCGCUUCAAGUCUGAAAACAAUCAUAGAUAGGUUUCUAAAGUUUUUGAAGUUGUUUACCAUUCCAAUUUUGUAUUUGUUUACUUUUUCCUUUACAAUACCAAUAAACUCAUCUCUUUAGACUCAUUUAAAGAAUGCAAACUGUUGAAUGUUGAAAUACACACUCCACAUCAUGAGCAAUGGACUUCUAUGAAGUAAAACAGCAAAUUAUAGAAAGCUGAA